UUAGUGCAUUGAAGGGGGAAGAAGAAGAGGAGGAGGAGGAGGAGGGAUUGCAUGGAGCAGAGGUGAAAGGCUGAUCCAGGAGGGGUGUGUUUUGUGUGUGUGUGUGCGGAGAAAAGAGAUCCAGUUUGCCCGCUGGAGACUUCCACAAAAAGAGACAAGCCGAGCAGCCGCGAUUUGCAAAGCGGUGGCCGUGGAGGCGGCAGCUGCUUCGGCUACUUCUGAAAGCUGCUUUCCUUGUGGAUUCCAUUGCAAGCCUCGCUUCCCACCCCCCACCCCACCCCUUCUUGCUCCACUGCCGGUUUGGUUGUGUUUUUCUUUUCUUUUUUAAUUGCUUCUUCCGAGCCCCGGGUCGGCUCCCACCUCUGCUGGCGAGGAGCUGGCUGCCGAGGAGGAGACGGAAGCAGGGAAGCCUCUCCUCCAUUUCAAGUCUCCGAAGCCAAAAACACAAAAAGGAAGAUCCCAGCAAUGCCUUUCUUAAUCUGGUUCCACCUGCUGCUGAUCUCCCCCAACGUUGGCGCUUCGAAGACUUGCUUCCCAGGGUGCCACUGUGAAGUGGAGAGCUUCGGUCUCUUCGACAGCUUCAGCCUAACCAAAGUGGACUGCAGUGGGAUCGGGCCCCAUAUCGUGCCUGUCCCCAUUCCCCUGGACACGACCUACUUGGAUUUGUCGUCCAACAACCUGGACUCCAUCAAUGAGUCCAUGUUGACCGGCCCUGGAUAUACCACGCUGGUUAGCUUGGACUUGAGCUACAAUAAGAUCUCCAAGAUCUUUCCCACCACUUUCUCCAGACUCCGCUACCUGGAAUCUUUGGACCUGAGUCACAACUCUUUGGUCGCCCUUCCGGACGAAUGCUUCUCGGGGUCGCCUUUGGGGGAUGUCGACCUCAGCAACAACUUCAUCCUGGACAUCAGCACGAACAUCUUUGCGUCCAAAGGUCAAGGGAAGCCCAUCAACGUGGACCUCUCGAACAACUUGAUCAGCCUCGUUUCGAGACACCAGGGCAAAGCUGUUCCCAACAUCCAGAGCUUAAACCUGUCUGGAAACAGGUUGAAGAGGAUCCCCGAUCUCCAAGGGAUCCCUCUCCGGUUCCUCAACCUCGACGGGAACCCAGUGGCAGCCAUUGAGAAAGGGGCAUUCCGGGGGCUGAAGGAUUUGAUCCACCUGUCGCUCAGUGGGAUUCCCGACCUGGUGGAGAUUUUGCCGUACGCCUUCAAAGACCUGCCAGCUCUCCAAGCGCUCGAUUUGUCCAACAGCCCCAAUGUCAAAUCCUUGAAUGCGGAAGUUUUCUACAGCCUCAAUUCUUUGCAGGAGCUCAACCUGUCUGGCACAGGGGUGGCGAACUCCGUAUCGAAAACGAUGCUGAAAUUUCUGCCUUCCAUCAAAAGCAUCACCCUCGGGAAGGAUGUGAAGUGCAUUAAGACAGUCCGAGAAGGACAGUACCACAGACAAACCGGGCUGACCAAGAAAGAGAUUCUAAGUUGUCACGACAGUCAUGGGUCAGUAGCAACAGCACCCUAUGCUUUGUGACAAGGGUCAAGGAGAUUGUGUGGGUGCCUGGACUUCAAUAAGCCUCAAAUGUGCCUUCUGUAAAAACUGUUAAUUUAUAUAUUUUGUAUAAUUCAAUACUUGAUUACAAUGAUUGAUUGGA